GAUUGGUUACGAAGUUGGGAUUUAAAUAUUGAAAUCCGUUGCUUGUCUUCCGUGGGACAAAAACUGUAGUUUGUAUUUCGGAAGAUAUUCAACGGUGGAUACGCAAAUCUUUUCGUGUGGCAUACAUUUGACGAAUUUACGGCCCUAACAGGAAAUUUUACUCGUUAUACGAUACCAAAUAAUACAAUCGAAAUGUCGAAAGAUGAAAAGGAAUGUGUUGUUCCGGACAUUAUAUGCGACAUACUCUCAGGAAAAAGUUACAUCAAAGGUCGAUUUUUUGGAAAGGGAGGUUUUGCAAAAUGUUACGAGAUCAAAGAAACAAAAUCACACAGAGUAUUCGCUGGGAAGAUCGUGCCGAAAGCUCAAAUUACAAAAAGCAAUCACAGAGAGAAAAUGACUCAAGAAAUCUCAAUUCAUCAAACUUUAAAUCAUAAAAAUGUGGUUGGUUUUUAUGGGUUUUUCGAUGAUCCUCAGAAUAUAUACAUAAUUCUGGAAUUAUGCCGCAAAAGGUCGAUGAUGGAAUUACAUAAACGCAGAAAAGCAUUAACAGAAUGCGAAACCCGAUACUAUAUGAAACAAAUUUUAGAUGGUGUUCAUUACCUGCACCAGAAUAAAAUAAUUCACAGAGAUCUAAAAUUAGGAAAUUUAUUUUUGAGUGACGAUUUACAAGUUAAAAUUGGUGACUUUGGACUAGCCACUAGGUUGGAACACGAGGGAGAACGAAAAAAGACUGUGUGUGGAACUCCUAAUUAUAUAGCACCGGAAAUUUUGACUAAGUCUGGCCAUUCUUAUGAAGUCGAUAUAUGGAGCAUUGGAUGUAUCAUGUACACUCUACUCGUGGGCAAACCGCCAUUCGAAACGUCCAGCUUAAGGGAAACUUAUGCCAGAAUUAAGCAAGUUCAAUAUAAAAUUCCUGCACACAUUAAUACAAUUGCCAUGGACAUGAUUUCAAAUAUGUUACAAGGGAAUCCAACCAAACGCCCUUCUAUAAAUAAAUUAAUAAAAGAUCCAUUCUUUACUUGUGGUUACAUGCCACUGAGUCUUCCGCUGUCGUGUCUAACGAUGGCUCCUCGUCUAGACAUGUUAGAAAUGCAUAAUCAACGCAAACCAUUAUCUGAAAUGAACACUAAUGUAGGAGGGGAGAGACAAGACUUUAUAUUUAGAGUACCUAAUAGUCCAGGGCGUAAGACGAAGCCUGUGGACGCAGUGAAUGAAGUCCAGAAAUUGAAUUAUGACAUUAAAAAGAUGCUUCAAUCAUUAAGAGAGCAGCUGGCUGCAGUAUUAAAGGCUAAUCCAAGUAGAGAAUCUACACUAUCAGAAGAUGAAAUGACGGAUCCUGCUGCGCAGCCUGUUAUAUGGAUAAGUAAGUGGGUUGACUAUUCAGACAAGUAUGGUUUCGGCUAUCAGCUUUCCGAUGACGGUGUUGGUGUUAUGUACAAUGAUGGCACCCGGUUAAUAAUGCUAGCCAAUUGUUUUAACAUUCAUUACAUAAAUCGCGAGGGAAACGAGUUGUAUUACACCGUCAGAGAAUACCCGCCAGAACUGGAGAAGAAAAUGAAAUUGAUGAACUUCUUUUUGAAGUACAUGAAAGAGCAUCUAAUGAAAGCGGGAAGUUCUGUCGCUGUGAAGCCGUGCGAUGCUAUGUCUAGGAUACCGUACAUGCAUCAGUGGUUCAGAACGCAGAGUGCUGUAGUUAUGCAACUGACUAAUGGAACUGUGCAGAUCAAUUUCCUGGACCAUUCAAAAAUCAUCAUGUGUCCGUUAAUGGGGGCUGUCACGUACAUAGACACAGAAAAGAGCUUUAGAACGUACAGAUUCCAAACCAUACAAGAAAACGGAUGCUGCGAGGGUUUAGCGAAGAACUUGGCAUACGCCCACGAGAAGCUCGUACUGAUGUUAUCGAACCCCCAGACCCGAUAAUCGUCGAUGAGAAUUUGUUAGGAUGAAGCACUAUUAAUGCAGUAUGUCAUAGAAGUAUCGAAACUAUCUUUUCUUUGUUUUUAAUAAGGAUAACGUCGCGCGUUCGGCGACGAGCAGAUGCAGUUAAGUAAUUAUUUUAUUUUUAUUGUAUUUUGUAGAACCGUAUAGAACCCUUUUUACUAGAUAUUUUUUGUUGUAACAUCCGAGUAAGGCGAUCUACGAAUCAUGAAAGCGAACUUUAAAGAAUUGCAAAUGGAGAGCAGCCCCCCCUUCGACGUAAUAAAGAGAGGGCCGAAAUUCUGUUCCGUUCUUCUUUUUCUUUUAUUUUUACGCAGCUGACGAUGAAAUUGUGGUUGUUAUCUAUUGUAUAAUAACUCGUACUUUGACAUAAUUUUACGGAUAAACAAACAUUAAAUCUAAGUAUCUUCCGCCACUACGAUACGUGCACGUUACUCCGCACAAAUACCUUGGACGACACGGCUAGCAAAGAGUGAAAGCUCGCUCGCAGAUGCCGUCGUAUUCCGACGGAGUAGUGCAAUCUAAACAUUCGUCUAUUUAUACUGAUAUUCAGGGAGAACAAGCGGCCUAAACUUCAUUAGUCCACCACCCCCGGAGAAUGAUUAUAUAUUUUUCUACCCUCGAUUGACCAAAGUUUCGAGUCCGCUAACGUGUACAAUAUACGUCCAUGCGAAUCGAGCGUCGUCUAA